GCAGGCGUCUCGCUUGUUUACUAUAAGCAUUCAAAAUCUUCGAUGAAAAAAUGCGUAAUAAAAACAGUGGAUCGCUGACUGUCUAAAAUAUAUACACAAGCCGCCGGCUGCAGCGAGUUGGCCCGUGGACAUGAAAUUUGUAUACGUCAACAAUCGGCGUUUGCUCCCAGAUAACAUCAAAUACGUGAUUCUGUGAUUUGCUUAUUGAACCGAAAGAUUGUUCGUUCGCAUCGAUUGACAACCGAGUCAUUUUUUUUCUCCAAAAAAAUUCGAUAUUCUGGUGUGCUUGCAAUAUGCCUGGAAAAUUGAGUGCAAAGGACAUCAAAGACAAAUUGUUUGAUGAUAAUUUGGAUCUGAGCCUGUGUGAACUAGAGGAUGUGCCCGUUAGAGAAAUCGCUAUCGCUAGAAGAUUUUCCAUUUUGGAUCUCUCCAACAAUUAUCUCACAACUCUACCCCCAAAUUUUGCAACCCUUGCUCAAAUAGUCAAAUUGGAUUUAAGCAAAAAUCAGCUCACAGAGUUACCAGAAAAUUUUGGUGAUUUGAAACAGUUGAGGCACCUAGAUCUUUACGGUAAUCAAAUCAGUAGGUUACCGUUGAGUUUGGGUCAGCUGAAAAAAUUAAAAUGGUUGGAUUUAAAGGAAAAUCCUUUGACCCCAUCUGUCGCUAGCAUUGCCGGUCCAUGCAAUAAUCCUAAAGAGUGUCAAGAUUGUGCUCGAAAUGUAGUCAAAUACCUGGCCAAUGUUGCAGUAACCAUAGAAGAAGAGAAAUUGAGACGCUUGACUGCUGCUCAAGAAAGCGAAAAAGUAGUAGUAACAACUGAAAAGAAACAUAAAAAGAAGAAACACAAAAAAAAGAAUGCGGACAAAGACAAAAUAAUCAAUGAAGGUGAUGAAGUAUCUGCACAAGAUGAUAAGGACAAUGGUUUAGUAAAAGAAACAUCCUUGAAUGAAUUCCAUAACAACAAUAAUUUUUCUAUUGGUGGAACUUGUUAUUCCUUAUGUCAGAUAUUUUACCAAGCAGUACUACUGAGCAUUGUCAUCAUGUUACUGGCUGUAUUAUUUGUAGCAGUUUUUCCUGUGUACAAUUAUGAAAAAUCUGAGGAAUUUUUCACAUACGUUGAAAAACACUUUGAUUUUCCAUUGAAGGGAAUACGUCAUGAAAUUAUAAAAUUGGCCAAAGCAUUUCCUGUUAUAAUGGAAGAUUGGAUAAACACUGCAAUAUUAUAUUUAAAAGAACUCUAUAACAGAUAUUUUAAUCAUACAGGAAAACUCUUGCCAGACGGAUAUAAGUUAGUUUGAAAAAAUUGUUCAAAAUUUUCAUUUUUAUUCAUUAAGAUUUUAACACUCGAAUGUGACGAAAUAUGUCACACAUUUUAACUGUGUAAAGAAUUGCCGCAAUAUUAAUUUUUUAAUUGAUUUUUUUUUACAAAUUGUUGAAGAUGUAAUUAAUUAUGUGAAUGUAAAUUGAUUUAAUAGUCUUGAUUUAUAAAAUAGUUGGUUAAGUUAAGACGUGGUAUUUAAUACUCAUAAAUUUAUAAAUAAAAUUUAAUGAAAUGCGCUCA